AGCAAUGAUCUAUUAUAUGGUUUUAUAUUUUAAUCAACCGCUCGACCUUUUUCUACGAUGCAUACUUCCAUUGCAUAAUGGCCAGCUAUACGAUGAAUAAUGUCGCUGUACGCGACGCACCCCGGAGAUCAUACGAUUAAUCCUUCGAAAUUCCGCAUCCUACCGAGUUACCAGAGCGUUAUACUGGACAGUAUGUACCGGCGGCGUCGGUAUCGGUUUCAGUCGUACCUGCAGCUAUGUAUUCUUAUUUUAUCUGGAGUUUGUUCGGUUUUAUUCGUUAUUUUUGGACUGGCCGCUGUUAAGCACCCGGCACCUUUGCGAAUACAAAAUCCUAUUGACCCGGUUACGGAGCCAUUACCGGUCAGACGCAGCCGAUCGCGAUCCGUUGCGCAGCCGGUAGCAAUUAACGAAACCUUCAUGAAGGUGCAUCUACUGAUCGGUAAUGAAAUCGCACAAUAUUUUAUUCAAAAGAGACUUCCGGCUUGGCACAAGCUCAAGGAAGACAAGUUAGACUUCCGAUUUGUAGCGGAAGUUGUGGCGAAACAGUAUAGUAUCAUGCCCGAAGCCUGUGAAAUCAACGGCAAGGAGGUGUUUGCCAUUGUUAUUGUGGUUACACGACCGGAAGCGUUUCGCUACCGCGUGGCUAUUCGCGAAACAUGGGGAUCGCUGGCUGAAAUCCAAUGUGGUGUGAGAUUAAUUUUUAUGAUCGCGAAAAUCGCCAGCUCAACCAUUCAAUACCGCAUCGGUCUCGAAUCCGAAAAAUUCCACGACAUCGUUCAGUCCAACCGGUUCUACGACAACUACCGCGCUCAGUCUCUCAAAUCCAUCCACGCCCUCCAAUGGGUAGCGGCUUUCUGCCCAAACUCCACCUUUACCGUUAAAAUUGACGAUGACAACUGGUUGAACCUGCCCCGGUACCUCCGCUACCUGCGCUCCCAACCGGCCGACGACCCUUUGGUCCACGGCGGAAUUUUCAGGGGUGGAGUCACGGCGUUGCGCAAUCCCGAGGAGAAGAACUCUGUGCCGCGGGAGGAUUAUCCACCGGAUGAGUAUCCGGAAUACUUAACUGGCAUGCUCUAUGCGCUACCGACAAGAUAUGUCGGCAAAGUCGUGUACUUGGCCAACCGACUGAAUGCCGGCUUGAACGAGGAUAUGUAUAUUAAUGGGAUUGUCACGGUAGCAGCCGGGUUGGAGCGCAAGGACGUAGAGGGAUAUGCGUGGCGAGUGGAAAAGGAUAAAUGUCAGAAAAAGGAAAUGUGUGUGCAUUAUUCGUCGGUGGAGGAUAUGUACCGCAUGUGGAAUGAUACGUGUGAUUCUUACCAAAAAUUAUGUUGAUGUGGAAAUUAUGACGUUAAUUUCGCAAGGUUUCGUUUCGUAAGAUAUUUUCACA